CAACCUAUUCCACAAAGUCGCGUGUGUUUUUGUCAACGUUAUUUCGGUACCUAUCUAUUUUUGAUUAAUUUUACAACAACUCGUGAUUUAUUGUACUCGAGUGGUUCAGAAAACUAAGAACCAGCAUUUAAAUAGGUAUUGAUUCUUUGCUCGACGACGUAUUUAUUAGGUACAAGAUUAUUCGCCAGAGAUACCUUAUUUCAAACAUGAUCAUUAGAGAAACAGGAAUAACCCAUUGACCGAAUGAAAGCGAAUUCGGAAAAAAAUCAAGAUAGACAUAAAAUAUACCGGAAACAUUAAUUUACCAUAAUGCAUUUCCAUAACUUAUUUCUCACAUUAAUCGUGUACACGCUUACGUUUAGCAUGAGAAUGAAACACUGUAAUGCAAACUCGAGUGAAAUAGUUUCGGAAUUUUUCCAAGAGGAACAAUCCUUCGAUAAUUUGGCAGUAGAUAAAAUUGGAGGAUGGGUAUAUGUAGGUUCAGAUAACCACAUCUAUCAAUUAUCAGCAGAUCUGAAAUUACAAAUCAAGUAUACUUUAAUGGAAUUCAAUUCUUCAAAUUGUAACUCUGACAAUUGUUCAUAUACAUCGAAACAUAAUUGGGAUGAUUGUCGAAGCACCUUGCUCGAACUAGAUUAUCAAAACCAACAACUCAUAUCGUGCCAUGUUUGUCGCCACAAUAACAGGCUCCUAGAGGAAUGCCGUGCUCAUAAUAUCCGUAAUAUUUCAGAAAUAAUGGCAAACACAACCGAAUAUGUUUCGUCUGAAAUGGAACCUGUAUCUUUCAUAGCUCCUAGUUUAAUACAGAACUCAUCCGCACUGUAUUGUGGCUUUCGCUUAUUUGGAAUAACUCCAAUAGUAACUAUUCGACACCUAGACCGAGAACGCUUUCUAUCAUAUGGCAACCAAAUUAUUAUGAAAUACCACCCAAUGUAUAGUAAAUUCAUUUACGGUUUCAAUUCGGGAGAUUCCAACUAUUUUCUUACCGAAGGGUUCUUGUUCAGUCAGCAAGCUAUUAAUUCGAAGGUCUUAAAAGAAGACGGGCUAAACCUAAUUGAAAUAAGGCAUGACGGUCAAAACUAUCAGUUUGAUGACGUUCCCUUAAUUUGCGGGACUCUGAAAAAUGAGCCCCAGAAUAAUUCUAUGCAGCUCCAACAAGCCUACUUCUUCCAACACAAAUCAGCAUACGACUUGCAAAUAGAUUCACAUGAGAUAGAAGGGGAAAUAUUGUUUACUGUGGCUGAUGUGUUUGACAAUAGUAUGAUGAGAAGUAAAGACAGUUUCAGAGUAUGUGCAUACAACAUGAGUAAUAUACACCCCACAAUUCAAAAACGUAAGGUGUUGAAUGGAGAAAUCAUAUUAGAUCACGUAGGUAUUACUCAUGUGAAAGCCAUGGCAGUCGACUCAAUAAAUAACCACAUAGUCUUGUUCAUUGGAACAGAAGAAGGCCAUCUACUGAAGAUAUCAAUAAGACUCAAUUCAUCUUAUGCCUAUACGGCAAAUAUUUAUGCGGAUAUCACCAUCAUGGAUCAGAAACUAUAUCCUUUUCCUUUCAUUUAUUCUAGUAUGCUGUUUGAUUCUACAAUGAACUUCUUAUACAUAAGGAAUUACUGGAAACUAGCCAAAAUCAAAAUUCACAAUUGUGACGAAUACAACACAUCAUAUUCAUGUUUAAGUGCAAAAGAUCCUUAUUGUGGAUGGUGUUUCCUUAGUAAUAGAUGCUGCUUGAAAUCACAAUGUCAUUACGAUAAAAACCGCAUCAAUUGGAUCUCGUAUGACGUCGAUAAAUAUAUAAACACGUCUUCAAGUCCAAGAAAUGAAUUCCCAAGGAAAGCAGAAUGGAAUGUAAGUUUCAAUCUAUUGAAUUCACACCCGUUCAACGAUCACACAAUAUUAUGCUCCUUCAGAUUCAACAACGCUACAAUAAAUACUACAAGUGUAAAUAAUAAACAUCAAAUCAACUGUCCAACGCCAAAUGCAAAAGAUCUGCCUCCAACGCCCAUUAAUAAACACUCUAUAGAAGCUCAGUUAUCAGUACAAACAAACCUUUUCCCAGAAUUUCAAAAAAUCGAGGUGGAAUUCAUCGAUUGUAGCACAUAUAAAUCGUGUUUACAAUGUGUAAGGUCUACUCCAUGCAACUGGCAUAUAAAUGAACACAAGUGUGCAGAUGAGCCGAAUCAGCGAAACGAUGAUACAAUACUAGGUGAUAGUUUCAAUGUAUCCGAUUUUCCAGUACUAAAAAAAAAAUUGCGAGAAUUCAACUGCCCAACUUUUUAUAAAAUAAAACAGGGAACACAUUGGUACAAACGUGCCGACACUGGAAAGAAAGAAAGAAUCGUCGCAAGAUUUAGAAUCCCAAAAAUAUUAAUUAACGAGACAUUUACAUGCGAAUUUGACACUGAGGAAAACAAAACCAUAGCAUCAGGAAUAAUCCUACACUAUAUCGAUCUGUAUUUUGAGAAAAAUAUUUAUGAAGGCAAUAUCGAAUGUGAAACAAUAUUUACAUACGCUACUCCAAAAUCUAGCAUAACUGCCAAAUGGUCUAUUUUAUGGAAUGGAUCAAUACCACUUGAAAACCAUGACGAUCAACGUAUUAUUUUAUAUAAAUGCGCCAACAUGGACAAUCAGUGCGCAAAGUGUCUGGAUAAAAAUUACGAAUGCAUGUGGAAUUCAAAAACAGGAGAAUGUAAAUACAACAACGGCUCGGAUGUAGAAUCUGACAUCAAUAAUCAUUGGUUAAAUGACAGAGAGGAGUGCUUAAAUGUGCCAUUUGUUAUUAAAAACCAAUCGAGUUGGUUAACAGACAACAUCUAUUGGAUCAUUAUUAUCAUAACGACAGUAACACUUGUUACAGUCGCAAUAUUCUUCAUUUAUUGUAGAAAUUUCGCUAAAAGGUCGCAGAAUAUGCAACGGCAACUCAAUAAAAUGGGUAUGGAAAUGAUAGCCAUGUCACAGUGGGUUAAGCGAGUGGUGAUCGAGAAUGAAAUUGAACUGGAUGAAAAUGAAUCAAACAUAAUGAGAUUACCAAACGUCACCAUACAAUACACAUCUAUUCCAAGAUUUGAGGAAAAUGAAACCGUACCAAAGGACGAAUAUGAAUUACCGCCUGAUCAUAAGUGGGAAAUUCCGCGAAAAAACGUUAUCCUAGGAAAAUGUCUAGGAGAAGGACAGUUUGGAAAAGUGGUCGAAGGAAAAGUAUUAGGCUUAUUACAGCAGAACGUCGUCACAACAGCAGCAGUAAAAAUGUUGAAAAAUAGCCACACUGACGCAGACAUGGUCAAUUUAGUCACGGAAAUGCAAUUAAUGAAAAUCAUUGGCAGACAUGAAAAUGUACUAAGACUACUCGGAUGUUGUACAUUCGGUGGACCUACGCUCCUCAUCACCGAAUACUCCCCGCAUGGAAAUUUACUCGAUUUCCUCCAAAAAAAUCAUCACCCCACCACAUCCCAAAAAGUUACACAACAUGAUUUGUCUGAAGAAACACUAAUUACAUUUGCUCUACAAAUAGCAAAAGGAAUGGAGUACUUGGCUUCCAUUGGAUUUGUUCACCGAGACCUCGCAGCUCGAAAUAUUCUAGUAUUUGACAACUAUGUCAUGAAAAUAGCUGAUUUCGGAUUAGCCAGAGAUAUUCGACAAGUCGACUACUAUAAAUUGAAAACCGGUGGUAAACUUCCAGUCAAAUGGAUGGCACCAGAAACCAUGAAAGAUAGACGUCACACAUCAAAAUCUGACGUGUGGUCAUACGGGGUAUUACUUUGGGAGAUUAUGACAUUGGGUGAAGAUCCUUAUCCGCUAUACAACGAUGCAAAAAAAUUAAUGGACGACAUUGAGUCGGGGUAUCGCUUAAAGAAGCCGGCUAACUGUUCGAUUAACACGUACUGUCUGAUGUGCAAAUGCUGGAAUUAUCUGCCCGCGGAUCGCCCAGAAUUUACAAAUAUCAUUAAAGAUUUGGAUGGCAUGCUGAUGAAUUUUGACAAAACAAUUGAACAACCUGAUCCUCCCAGCUCAAACUAUUCGAGUACGACAGAAUCCGAUGACACAGAUGAUGAAACCAACGCAGUCGAACAACCUCAUCCUCAUAGCUCAAAUUGCAGCACAACAAAAUCCGAUAACACAGAUGACGAAAUCGACGAUCUAUUGAAAAUCUGUAUUGAAUGAUUUAAUGGCAGUAGUCCUUAUUUUUAUUGAAAUUAAGAAUGUAUUUCACUAUUUAUUAGGUUUAAUACGAGUAUAAUUACGUAAUAAAGUAGGUACGAACGUAUUCUUGUAAACUUUAUCAAAUCAACUACCUAUUCAUCUAGAUUUAUUUAUUUCUAACUCUACGAGUAUAAGUACCUACCUAAUAAGUAAACCCACAGUUACUGAUUCUGUUAAAUGAAACACGAUAUAAUUUUUUUUUUUGAAACAUUGAGUCAUGAGUGUGUUCCAAUUAAUCUAGAGGCAUUAAAUUGAAUUUUUUCUGUAUCAAGUCAAAUACGAGAAUGAGAUUUAGUGCUUUUAGCAAUUACUGAGGGCCACUGAGGGUAACUGAACCUUAUAUUUUUUCUCUAUUUCUAUAACGUUUAAGUAAUUGCAAGAUGUACAUAUGAAAUAAGUAAUAAAUAUUUUCACAAUUCUUA